AUGGCCGAAAUUCCCAACCCACAUUAUGCUUUGACGUCGUUGUGCCAUGGAUCUCGCCGGCUUAACAGCGUCAACUCUGAUAUCGUGUCUUGCAACAACUACCCAGGCUCGUCGGGUGAUGACUAUUUCUUGUCCACAACUUCUAGCAUGAGCUACAUUCCUAUGACUUCAGGUGCAACAUUCCCUGGGACCAUGAUGCCCACAUUGGGCCACCCCGCUAUUGGCAACUACGAGCUUGAUUCAACGCCAUAUGACUCCUGGGUAGCAAGUGUGGUGUCGCCGAGCUCUGCGACAGAUAUGAAUUUCGUGUCGUUACCAUUCCAUUCCCAAGGCCCCUCGCAGGACAUUAUGAAUGCCUUUGUGGAUGUAUCCAUGUGUGGCCCUGCUGUAAUGAACAAUUGCUACGGAUCGGACGGAUUCAACUGGCCACCACCAAUGGGACGUCCGGAUACACCCCCCCCUGAGGCUUAUAUCCAGGGAUUGUUGCCCCAGCAACUCUCGCCUCCCGAGGAAAUCCAGGACGAAGCUUGUACCGGUGGACAGGACUUUUCCCUUUACGACGUCAAUGACAUUCCCAAGUCGUCGUCGCACAGUCGACAGCUGGCACAGCCUAGGCCAAUAAGAUCCGCCUCGGAGCGAAGUGAUCUACUGGAUGACAACGCAUCUCCUGACAGCCGGAUUGCCAAAGAUGACCAAGUGGAGAAGGUGAAGGCCCGGAUCCAUCCAUUAUACAAUGCCACACCCGAGGAAGACGGAAAGUUCCAUUGCCCCAUGAAGGACAAAGCCGGCUGCAAUCAUGAACCUACCGGGCAAAGGUGCAUCUACAACAAAUAUCUGGAUUCCCAUUUGAGGCCAUAUCGUUGCAAGUUCGCCGAUCCAGAGUGCGAUGAAGCCCGGUUUUCUUCCAAUGCUUGCCUAUUUCGUCACGAGAGAGAGGCCCAUGGAUUACACAACCACGGAGUGAACCCAUUCCUUUGCAAAUUCCCGGAAUGUGACCGAGCCCGAGAGGGAAAUGGAUUCCCUCGAAGGUGGAACCUACGUGACCACAUGAAGCGAGUUCAUGAAUAUGAUGAGGCAAAGUGUGCCAAAGACCGGCCCUCCGGCUCUGAGCCAACUAAAAGACGAAAGGGAUCCGGCGUCCCUACGUCUACUCCAAUGAAGAGGUCUUCAUCGUCUGCUCAUGCGAAAGCACAGGCGAUGGCAGGGGCAGCCAUGCCCAAGUACAUGGCCCGCGUUAACCAGGCUCGAUACAGUAUCCCAAGAAUGUCUACCGGCAACCUGGAACACGCUGCUACAUCACGGCCGGUGACGCUGGACGAUGUUCAGUUCUCGCCAGCAGCCACUGUUCCCAGAACCUCACGGAAUCCAGGAUCAUAUGGACCGACGUAUCCGAUAUAG